GUAUCACAUGACGUACCUGCCCAUUUCACCCGAAGUCGCUCAGAUUUGGUUUGUUUUGGUUAAUAUUUCUCUAUAAUUUCACGAUAAACUCACAGAGAUGAACAUUUUGCCACAUAAAAGCUGGCAUGUCAGAAACAAGGAUAACAUCGAGCGCGUCAGGAAAGACGAAGAAAAAGCAAGACUCGAAGAAGAAAAGAGGGCUAAAAGAGCUGCACUAGCUGACCAGGAAGCAAGAACGUCAUUACUGAGGGCGAAAGCAAGAUCUUCAAGCAAGGAGAGCAUUGCUACUACAAGCUCUGAAAUUGUACCAGUUUCAGAUGAACCACCAAGGCAUAUUAACUUCUUUCAGGACAUAGAAGAAGGGCUACGGCAAGGGUCCAAUGCYGAGUAUGAAGCUGAGAAGAAAGCAGAGCAGGAAAAGCAGGAAAAAGCCAUUGGAUUACUCACUUACCUUGGACAAAGUGCUAGUGAAAAGCAUGGAGAAAAACCUUGGUAUGAAAAGAAGAAUGAACAGAAAAAAACUGAGCAGGAAAGAGAUGCCCGUGACUCCAAGAGAAAAGAAGCUCUUGACCCCUUGACAACCAUGAAGAAAUAUUUAACAGCAAAAGAGGAUUUUGAAAAGCAAAAGGACAAGAAACACAAGAAAGAACACAAGAAAAAGAAAAGAAAACACAAGGAGAAAACAUCCAAGAAGAAGAGUAUUGAAGAGCUAAGAGCAGAAAGGCUAAAAMGAGAACAGUCUGAAAGAACAAGAGAAAAGGCCCUUGUGUCAUCGUCCAGAGGAGAAAAAAUACCYGAGACAGAAGACAACCCUUACAGGUAUAAUUCUCAAUUCAAUCCAGACUUUGUGAGAAAGCCAAGAAACACAGGUCACCAAAGACACAAACCCUACUAGUAUGUGCAGCAUUACCUGCGUAUACAAGCAUACCUCCACAGGAAUGGAGACAUCAAAUCCAUAUGUAUGUGGACCACUAGCCUGCAUAGCCAGGUACGUCUAGCCACUCAAGAGGCAUGGAAACAUUUGUCCUACUUGGCCAGGCAUAUCUAUAUAGAGUUGAUAGCGACUCCAGGGAUAGGAAGAUAUCUGGCCUACCAGUAUGUCGGACUCUAGCCUCUGCAUAGUCAGGCAUCCCUAGUCACUCCAGGCACAAAARCUGCUCCAGGGACAGGGAAUUAUCAAUUAUGGACAAAAUUUCAAAGAACAAAGAAUGUAAGGGAAUAAAAAAGAGAAUGUGGGAGAAGCUUACAAUGAAACCUCAAGAAAAACUUUGUUCAAUAUUAAUCAAAACAGAGAAAUAUCGAGAAAUAUCUAAAAAAAUAUUUAUUAUCUGUGUUUAUACGGUAUAUAUUUGCUUUMCUUUUGUAAUAAAAGUAUGAUGUACAAG